UUAGCUCACUAUUGUGCCGCCGAACACACACAAACACAGGCAGAGUUUACCGUUUGAAAACGGGCAAGCGAAUUGUAAAGUCAGCAUUUUCACGUGCGCUGUGUUUUUUCCAAUAAAUUUCAAUAUAAAGCGGCGAGCGAAUUUCAAAAUGUCUGAGCUCGAUUGGGACGAUCCAAACUUUGUGGAGGCACCGCUGAAGGCUCAGGAGGUCUCCUACUCUGGAGGAGGACGAGAUUAUCGCAGUAAACGCGAGGAUUAUGGCGGAGGACGUCGCGACCAUCGGGAAAAUAGAGAUGUCUACGGCGCAGUGCGACGUGAUAGUCGCGACGGUGGAGGAGGAGGAGCUGGAGGCUUUUUUAGCGAAUCCUUAUGCAUCGCUUCCGAGAUGGUCGGCAAAGUUAUUGGCAGAGCCGGCGCAAAUAUAUCCCGCAUCCAGACCGACUUUAACGUCCGCGUCAAUGUGGACAAGUGCGAUCUAAUUGUGAAGAUAACUGGUAGCAUCCAGAGCAACGUCACCGAUGCCAUCAAUCACGUUCGCAAGCAGGUGACUGAUUCGGGGGAAAGGGGACGCGAUCGGGAUCGGUAUCGGGAAAGUAGGAGCCAUGGUUCCUAUGGAGGAUAUGGCGGAGGCGGUGGCGGAUAUGAGAGAUCUAAGGGGAGUAGCUACGAGUUCAAUCCCCCAGCUUCCGAGUCCAAUAACGACGAUGGGGAUCUUACGGGCACCAUCGAUUGGGCAGCCCUGAAUAAGGCUUCGGAAGCAGCUACUGCGGCACGGUGGGCCAAGUGUCCACCGCUAACAAAGAACUUUUACAAGGAGGCUCCUGAGGUGGCCAAUCUCACCGAAUCGCAGAUCGAGCGCAUUCGCGAGGAGAAUAACAAGACAACAGUGGCACAUGUCUUCGAACCAAAGGAGGGGGAAACUGCGCCGCCUAUUCCAAAUCCCGUUUGGACCUUCGAGCAAUGCUUUGCCGAAUAUCCAGAUCUGCUGGGCGAGAUUACUAAAAUGGGCUUCCCCAAGCCCUCGCCCAUCCAAUCGCAGGCGUGGCCCAUUCUCCUCCAAGGUCAUGACAUGAUCGGUAUCGCCCAAACGGGCACGGGCAAGACACUAGCUUUCCUGCUGCCCGGAAUGAUUCACACUGAGUACCAGAGCACGCCCAGAGGUACGAGGGGCGGCGCUAACGUACUGGUGCUGGCGCCCACUAGGGAGUUGGCCCUGCAAAUCGAAAUGGAGGUCAAGAAGUACUCCUUCCGCAACAUGAAAGCCGUUUGUGUGUACGGCGGUGGCGAUCGUCGCAUGCAGAUCUCGGACUUGGAGCGCGGUGCGGAGAUCAUUAUCUGCACGCCGGGACGUCUGAACGAUUUGGUCCAGGCCAACGUCAUUGAUGUGAGCACCAUAACUUAUCUGGUGCUUGACGAGGCAGAUCGCAUGCUGGACAUGGGUUUCGAGCCGCAGAUCCGAAAGGUGAUGCUAGACAUUCGUCCGGACCGUCAGACCAUAAUGACAUCGGCCACUUGGCCACCAGGAGUCCGUCGUUUGGCCCAGAGCUAUAUGAAGAAUCCGAUCCAGGUGUGUGUCGGAUCGCUCGAUCUGGCGGCCACGCACUCGGUAAAACAAGUGAUUCAGUUGCUGGAGGACGACAGGGAGAAGUUCAGCACCAUCAAAUCUUUCGUUAGGAACAUGGGCAAUACGGACAAAAUCAUCAUAUUUUGUGGACGCAAGGCUCGUGCUGAUGACCUAUCCAGUGAUCUCACGCUGGAUGGUUUCAUGACCCAGUGCAUUCAUGGUAAUCGCGAUCAGAGCGAUCGUGAGCAAGCUAUAGCCGAUAUCAAGUCCGGAGCCGUGCACAUCCUGGUUGCCACCGAUGUGGCCUCACGUGGCUUGGAUAUUGAGGACAUCACGCAUGUCAUCAACUAUGAUUUUCCGCGCAACAUCGAGGAGUAUGUGCACCGUGUGGGCCGCACCGGACGUGCUGGUCGAAAAGGCACCUCAAUAAGCUUCAUUACCCGCGAGGAUUGGGGUAUGGCCAAGGAACUAAUUGACAUUCUGCAGGAGGCGGAGCAGGAGGUGCCCGACGAACUGCACAACAUGGCUAGACGCUUUAAAGCCAUGAAGGAGAAGCGCGCUGCUGAAGGCGGCGGCUUUGGAGGGAGAGAUGGUCGCUUUGGCGGCGGACGUGGCGGCGGAGGCCGAAACUUCGAUAGAUUCGUAUUCUGAUUCGGUCUUCAGUCUACAUUUUCUAGUUAUUAUAGACCACAGCGCAUUGAAGUGCCUUGCAAUGUUGUUUAACAAAAUUGUUUAACGAUUAAUCUAUUCCAAGACAGAUAAUCAUAACCUGUAAUCAUAAUCAUAAACAUGUGGACUUGCAGUACAAGAACACUGAUUAUAUUCAAACUAA